AUGUCAUCUUCUAGUGAAGAACUACAGAAGUAUGUUGGGCAAAAUGUUCGUAAUGUGCAACAAGAAUUAGAAAGUGAAGGCUAUGAAGUUCAUCUAGUUCGUAUAGGCCGCUUUGCAACAGGUGGUGUACCAGCAAGACCACUUGUCGCUGGAGAACCUGAACCCGAACGAAAGAAACGUGCCGUAGUUUCAUUUAAUGGCGAUGAUCCAGACGAAAAAGUUAUUGCCAUUCGACGAGAUGAUUAUUGA